CCACAAUCAUUUGCAGGGACAGGCACCGGAUGCCAAAGGUUGAGAGACAGACGUAGCGUCAGACCAAAGGUUGAGAAACAUCUGAUGCACAGUCAUGACUCAGAGAACUGCACGCUCUCAUUUGCCAGCAGCUCCCUGUGUGGGAAAUCACAAGGCCUGUCCAGCAUCUUGAUAAGCCUCCGUCCAGCGCCAGAUUGCACUCCUACGCCUUUAGGCGCCUCUCUAAGGCAGAGAAGUGUCCUCUAGCGACAGUCAACCCCUGGAGGUUCUCCCGGUCAGCACGGGUCAGCUUGUCACCUCCAUUGGGAGGAAUGGAGGAAAGCGUCACCAGUGGAGGGUUUCUGAGCAUGAAUCCGAAUGUCACAGCCUGGGGGACCAAACUCACAACGACUGACAACCACGAGUCCCUCCCUAAAUGUGACACGAAGACCGUGAUCCAGGCCCUGCUGACCUUCACCAUCGCCCUGGUCGGGCUGGCAGGAAACGCGAUUGUCCUCUGGAUCCUGGGCUUCCACAUGCGGAGGAACCCCUUCACUGUCUACAUCCUCAACCUGGCUGGAGCCGACUUCAUCUUCCUCUGUUCCCAGAUUGUACUGAACCUGGAAGGACUCAUUGCCUUAUUCCACUCCCUGUCUUUCUCCAUCGCCAGCAUCUUCAUCACUGUGUGGAACUUUGCCUACUUUGCAGGCCUGAGUAUUCUCACCGCCAUUAGCACUGAGCGCUGCCUGUCCGUCCUGUGCCCCAUCUGGUACCGCUGCCGCCGCCCCAAACACACAUCAACUGUCAUAUGUGCCCUGCUCUGGGCCCUGUCCCUGGUGCUGAGCGUCCUGAACAGGUACUACUGCGGCUUCCUGUACAGCACAUUUGAGGAUGGUUGGUGUCCCAUAUCACAUUUUUCCAAUGCAACGUGGCUGACUUUUUUAUUUGUGGUUUUCUCUGCGUCCAGCAUAGCCCUGCUGGUCAAGAUUUUCUGUAGCUCCCGGAGGGUGAAGGUGACCAGGCUGGGGGUGACCAUCCUGCUCACAAUGCUGGUCUUCCUCCUCUGUGGCCUACCGUUCUCCAUCCACUGGUUCCUCGCAAUCCGCAUCCAGAAUGGUUUCAAUACGUUCCUUUGUUACCUUUAUAUGGUUACGAUUGUCCUGUCUGGCAUCAACAGCAGCGCCAACCCCAUCAUUUACUUCUUCGUUGGCUCCUUUAGGCAGUGGCGUCUUAAGCAGAACCUCAAGUUGGUUCUCCAGAGGGCUCUGCAGGACACUCCUGAGGCGGAGGAGGGUGACGGAAGCAUUCCUCAGGAAACCCUGGACAUGUCCACUAGUAAGUUGGAGCAGUGAUGAAGAGCCCCUGCUGUGGUCGGUCAGAAGUGACUGCGAGAGUAAACGCUGCCCUGCCAGACCUGGCAAUUACCCCUCUUCUCUGAGCCUCAUGCCUCUAAAAUGUGCCGACGAUUCCCCAGUGUCUUCAGAGAGAUUGUUUUUAGUCCAGCUUUUCUAGUUUUUCUCAGAGAAAGCAUUAGUCUGAAAGCUGUACCUCUCCAUCUUUCUUGACGUUACCAAUAAAUUUCUCACGUUUUCUUCCUCUGAA